UUUUUUUAAUUACUAUAAAAGAUGAAAAUAUCGCCCAUGAAAGUAUUUAAAGGCUUGUUCCUAAUCUACUUAAAAAAAUUUAAUUUGAAGACUCAUUAAUUUCCUAUUGGCUAUAUUUUGCAUUAAAAAAAAAAAAAACAACGAAGUUCAUAAAUAUAAAAAAAGAGCAAAAAUGUCCAAAACAAGCUGAACGUUUUGAUACCAAGAUCACUGAAAUUUUUGAAAGUGUGAUUGAGUUUUUACGUGCCAAAAAAUGUACAGAAAGAGCAGGAGAAACACAAAAAUAAAGGAUAAACCUCCAGUUUAAUGACUACUUUUAUUAAUUUGUGUAGUGUUAUGCUCAAAAUUUACAUAAUAGUUUCACUUAUGAUAUUAAUAAACUGCAUCAAGAGAAUUAAGUCAAUUCUAUGCUUUUUUUUAAUCAUAAAAUGUGAAUAAAUUCUUAAAUUCCGCUAUUUUUCCCAAACGCACCAAUCAGAAGCUGCGGUUCCAAACGCCUCAUUAGCGGCUGCGGCAGCACCGUCGGUGGGCGGCGCAGCCACAGACACCGGCUUUAAGACAAACGUUGAGGGGAGGGGGGGUUAAAGUCAGUCUCCUGCGAGGCUGGGGCACGAGAGAGACACGGCGGGGUGAUGCCGCAGCUCCUCUGGAGGCGAUGCGGCUGCCGCAGGCACUAAAAGAAGCCACGGAGCCUAUAAGAGGAGGAGGAGGAGGGGAGCACGGAGCGCCACAACACCUCCUGAUGGGGAGCCGCUGAUUGACAGACGCGGAGAGAAAGAGGGAGGGAAGAAAGAAAGAAAGAAAGAAAGAGCUCGUGGUGAGGAGCGUAAGGAGGAGGAGGAGGAGGAGGGGAGACAGCCGAUCAUCUCUGGGAUUUGGUGAUUGCCGGUUGCAGCGACGGAGACCCCCAUCUUUGAGUCGCCGUUUGAUGGAUCUCCAUUCAGCUGUCAGAAUCAAGGUGAGCAGAUUUCCAGCCAUGGCCGGACUCGUCCUCUCUCUGCUCCUGCUGUGCGGAUGCCAAAGCAGUCUUGGCCAGUCUCCCCCCGAGACUCAGAAGGAGACGGGACCCAACGACAACAGUACGGUCUUCACCCGGAUUCUGGACGGGCUUCUGGACGGAUACGACAACAGGCUGCGGCCGGGGCUCGGAGAAAACGUCACCGAGAUCAAGACGAACAUUUUUGUCACCAGCUUCGGCCCCGUUUCCGACACCGAGAUGGAAUACACCAUCGACGUGUUCUUCCGUCAGAGCUGGAAGGACGAGCGUCUUUGCUUCAAAGGGCCCAUGGAGAUGCUGCCGUUGAACAACCUGCUGGCCAGCAACAUCUGGACCCCCGACACCUUCUUCCUCAACGGCAAGAAGUCGAUUGCGCACAACAUGACCACGCCCAAUAAGCUGCUGAGGCUGAAGGAUGACGGCACGCUGCUGUACACCAUGAGACUGACCAUCUCAGCCGAGUGCCCCAUGCAGCUGGAGGACUUUCCCAUGGACGCUCACGCCUGCCCGCUCAAGUUUGGCAGCUAUGCCUAUCCCGUCUCAGAGGUGGUCUACACUUGGACUCAAGGUGCCGCCAAGUCGGUAGUGGUGGCUGAAGACGGCUCCAGGCUCAACCAGUACCACCUGAUCGGGCAAACCGCCGGCACAGAGGACAUCCACACAAGCAGAGGACAGUACACAGUGAUGAUGGCCCACUUCUACUUGAAAAGGAAGAUUGGAUAUUUUGUCAUCCAGACGUACAUGCCAUGCUUCAUGACGGUUAUCCUGUCCCAGGUGUCAUUUUGGCUUAACAGGGAAUCGGUUCCUGCUAGGACCGUCUUUGGAGUGACCACCGUGUUGACCAUGACCACCCUCAGCAUCAGUGCCCGGAACUCUCUCCCCAAAGUGGCCUAUGCGACCGCCAUGGACUGGUUCAUUGCUGUAUGCUACGCUUUUGUCUUUUCUGCUCUCAUUGAGUUUGCUACAGUGAACUACUUCACCAAGAGAAGCUGGGCCUGGGACGGCAAGAAAGCAAUGGAGGCGCAGCACCCAAAGAAACGGGAUCCCAUGGUACUGUCGCAGAAGCCCAACAACGUUUGCUCGGCAGGUGUCAACUACACCCCCAACCUCACCAAGGACGUGGCCAUCUCCACCAUCUCCAACACCACGUCGGUGCAGCUGCGCGGCACCGAGACCAAAGCGGUGGACCCCAAGAAGACCUACAACAGCGUCAGCAAGAUCGACAAGAUGUCACGGAUAGUGUUCCCCGUCCUCUUCGGCACCUUCAACCUCGUCUACUGGGCCACGUACCUGAACAGAGAACCGGUGGUGAAGGGAGUUGUCACUUCAACAUAAUCACUCCUUACAUUUUCUGAAACAGUUUGUACAAGGGGUGAUGACGCCCGCUUCAUGAAUGCCAUUAAAAGGUCUCUGGCUCAGAGAAAAGAAAAACAACAAAAAAAAAAGAGUAUCUGCGCUUGAAGAACAAAAACUGCACCCUGCUAUUUAAUUCCAGCACUUUGAAUGGAUGCAAGGCUGCAACUGAAACCCUUUCCUACUUUUCAUGGCCUAGAAAAAAACUGCUUCACAGACUUCUUUAAUCGAAGAGUUGACGCUUUGCUUCUUUCUCAUCUUUCUUGCUGCAGUUUGCAUGACGUUCUCCUUUACAGGAAACCAUGGACUCUUCUUUGUCUUGAAUGCUGACCGUAAUUGAUCAGUCUUUGCUUAAAGUACAGAGGCACUUCAUUUGCAUUGAAAAGUGGACUUAAAAAAAAAAAAAAGCAUACAAUUUCACUCUCUGUGGAGGUAAAUGCUGCAAAUGAACUGAUAUUUCCCCUUUUGUGUUAUUUGAGAAGAAAAAAAAAAGCCAGUUUUCUCCCUAUGCUGGUUCUUGUUGUACAGUUUUACCUAAUGCUUCAAUAUCUUCUGCUGCAGGGCUGGCUUCUCCAAUGAAAGAUUUUCAAUGAAACUUAUUUUUAAGCAAAAAAAAAAAAAAAAGCAAAAUAUUCACCGAACAUUAAAACAUCAUCAGCAUAUUUAAAAUUAAAGAGGGGACUUAAGUUAAUAUUUGAAAUGUCUGAAGAAAAAAAAAAAAGAAUCAUGUCAAUAAUUGCUGUCAUUGAUCCUUUUAUAAUUGGAUUUAUGUGAUUUUACUUAGUCUAUAAAAAUGAAUACCUCGAACUAAAAUUUCAAAUAUAAUUGACAUCAAUUGUGUUAUUCAGUAAAGCUGUUAGGCAUCUAUUUUGGGAAAUGACCUAACAAAACCCUUUAAACUCUUACCACAAAAAACAGCUUAAAAAUGUAUACAGUGGCCUAAACCUUUCAUAAUUUUAUACCUUUGUUCGUCUAAAAAGGCUUAUGGUCAUUCAGUAAAUGUUAAAGUUAAAUAAACUGGGCACAAAAGAAUAGACAUUUCUGAUAUAUAUAUAUUUUACCAUGCUUAUUGGAUUAACAUUUAAACACCAGAGAUGUUACCAGCCGACAUCCAAACGCUCUCUUUGACACGAAGAAAAGCAUCUUUUCAUCUCUGCUUGGCACUGAUGUGCAACACUUUACUAUUGUAACCAAAGCCAAUUUUCCCCAUGACAAAUUCAGUUGAUAUAUGUCGAUUGUUUAGGUACUUUACUACUGUAAAGUGUUGCAUAUCAGCGCAAAGCUGCUUUUCUCUGCUUCAGAAUCUGCAGGAAUUACGUCAAAUGUGUCAACGUUCAAAUACAUAUGAUAGUCAAAAGAAUACCCUGAUGUUAGAAGGUUAAAAAUAUAUGAUUUUUACAUUUCUGGUAAUUUUUCUUUUCUAAGAAAUAUUCAUUUGUGUAAUGAGGAGUACAAUAGCCCUUAUGACGUCUUUUCUUCUCAGCUAAGACUUUGAAAGCAUAGCAAAAGAGAACAGCAGAGUAGAAGGCUAUUAAAGGAGAAACAUUUCAUUUAAAGUUAUUGCUUUCAUUAUUUUUGCAAUGCUUCAAGGAUUGGUGAUGUUUUAAUCUUUGUCAAUGAUGAUACCAUUGUUGACUCAAUAAUUGGGAAGGCAGCUGCCCCCUCUUGUACUUUCAUGGAUAGUACUUUCCAUUUUAGAUGAUGGUAUGUCAUCGACCCAAAACCAGCUGUUUUACAUUGGAGUAAACAAGGAUGGACAUAUUUGUGUAACGGUUUGAUAUAUUUUUGCCCUCUCUUGGUGGGUGCAGUACUCCGGGCUUUAGGAGUUUAAAUAUCUUGGGGUCUUGUUCACGAGUGAAGGAAGAUCUGAGGCGAAUUGGAGCGGCGUCCGCCAUUAUGCGGUCGUUGAGGUGAAAGGAGAGCUGAGCCAGAAAGCAAAAUUCAAAAAUCCCAGUACUCACCUAUGGUCAUGAGCUCUGGGUCAUGACCGACAGUACAAGAUCCCGACUACAAUCGACUGAGAUGAGCUUCCUCCAUAGGGUGGCUGGGCGCUCCCUUAGAGAUAGAGUAAGAAGCUCAGUCACCCGGAGAGAGCUCGGAGUAGAGCCGCUUUCCCUACAAAUCAGGAGGAGCCAGUUGAGAUGGACCUGGCAUCUAAUCCAGAUGCCCCCUGGACGCCUCCCCGGGGAAUGUCCCACUGAGUGGAGGCCCUGGGGAAGACCCAGGACACGCUGGAGAGACUACGUCUCUCAACUGAACUGGAAACACCUCGGGGCUCUCCCAGAAGAGUUGAAGGAAGUGACCGGGGAGAGGGAAGUCUGGGUAUCUUUGCUCAGACUUCUGGCUCCGUGACCUGUAAGACACCUUGUGAGGCGAGAGUUGUAAGAAACUUUCCGCUAAGAUGUCUCUACUUGUAGAAUACAUCUGUAAGGAACUAUAUGUUAAGAUUUCCCUACUUGUAGGUCACAUUUAGAAGGAUACAUCUGUAGGGAACUAAACGUUGAUAUUUCACUUCUUGCUAGUGUUCAUUUGAAAGGAACUUAACACUAAGAUUUCCCUACUGGCAAGGCUACAUUUGUAAAAACUUUACGUUAAGAUUUCACAACUUGUAAGGCUACAUUUGACAGGAAUUUUCCAUUUCAAUUUCCCUAGUUGUAGAGCUACAUUUGCAAGGAAAGUUUACGUUAAGAUUUAUCUACUUGCAAGGCUACAUUUGUAAGGAACUUUACUUUAAGAUUUCCAUAUUCUUGGGGCUACAUUUGUAAAGAACUUUCCGUUUCGAUUUCCCUAGUUGUGGAGCUACAUUUGCAAGGAACUUUGAGUUAAGAUUUCCCUACGUGCAAGGCUAUAAUUGUUAGCAACUUUCUAUUUAGAUUUCCCUAGUUGUAGGGCUACAUUUGCAAGGAAACUUAACGUUAAGAUUUUGUUUCUUGCAAGGCUAGAUUUGCAAGGAACUUAACAUUAAGAUUUCCUUACUUUUGGGGCUACAUUUGAUAGGAACUCGUCGUUUGGAUUUCUCUAGUUGUAGAGCUACAUUGGCAAGGAAAGUUUACGUUAAGAUUUGUGUCUUGCAAGGCUAGAUUUGCAAGUAACUUUGCGUUAAGAUUUCACUACUUGUAAGACUACAUUUGUAAGGAACUUUACGUUAAGAUUUCCGUACUUUUGAGGCUACAUUUCCGUUUCGAUUUCCCUACUUGUAAGACUACAUUUUCAAGGAAACUUUACGUUAAGAUUUCUCUACUUGCAAGACUACAGUUGUGAGGAACUUUUCGUUUGGGUUUCCCUAGUUGUAGAGCUACAUUUGCAAGGAACUUUGCGUCAAGGUUUCCCUACUUGUAAGGCUAUAUUUGUAAGGAACUUUACGUUAAGAUUUCCCUACUUGCAAGGCCACAUUUGUAAGGAACUUUACGUUAAGAUUUCCCUACUUUUGGGGCUACAUUUGUAAGGAAAUUUCCAUUUCCAUUUCCCUACUUGUAGAGCUACAUUUGCAAGGAAAGUUUACGUUAAGAUUUCUCUACUUGCAAGACAACAUUUGUAAGGAACUUUACGUUUCAAUUUCCCUACUUGUAGAGCUACAUUUGCAAGGAAACUUUACGUUAAGAUUUCACUACUUGCAAGACUACAUUUGUAAGGAACUUUACGUUAAGAUUUCCGUACUUUUGGGGCUACAUUUUUAAGGAAAUUUACUUUUCGAUUUCUCUACUUGUAGAGCUACAUUUGCAAGAAAACUUAACGUUAAGAUUUUGUUUCUUUCAAGGCUAGAUUUGCAAGGAACUUUGGGUUAAGAUGUCACUACUUGGAAGACUACAGUUGUAAGGAACUUUUCGUUUGGGUUUCCCUAGUUGUAGAGCUACAUUUGCAAGGAACUUUGAGUUAAGAUUUUCCUACUUACAAUUGAAAGCUAGAUUUUCAAGGAACUUUACGUUAAGAUUCUUUACUUGUAAGGCUACUUUUGUAAGACACUAUCUUAAGACGAUGCAAUCAAUGUAAUUCAUAUGGAUUCUAAGGCAGAGAAAAGUUGCUUUGAGGUGUUAUGCAACACUUUACUGCUGUAAUGUGUUGCUUAUUAUUGCAAAGCUGCUUUUCUCCACCUCACGUAUAUUGAAGAGCAUGUCUAAUUUAGGUGUAGCUGGCGACAUCUCUGGUUCUAAACGGUUAACUGGGACAUCCCAUAAAAUCGACUGUGCCACUCUGCUAGUUCACCUGUAAAUACACAUAUCCUCCAUAUGCCUCCAGAAAGAGGAAAACAGGCUUUGUUCCAAUUCAAAUUGUGAAACUUCAUUGCAUUUAGGAAACAAAAUCAAACAGAUUCUUUUUUUUGUGCAGAAUUUAUUUAAUCCAGUGAGGAAUAAUACUUUUUUUUUACAGCAGAGGUUAAAUUAGGCUACUUUGAUGACACCAAAAAGUGGCACAAAUUUUCACAAACUUUAUUAGCUUAAAAAAAUUCCUCGUAAGGGACCUUAACCAUCAAAUGUCUUAUUGUCUCUAUAUGCUGCUGUUGACUUUAUGGCCAUUUAUUUUAACAUUAUAUUUGCUAUUAUUUCAUGAUUUCUUUUAAGGAAAAGCUCAGUUCACCUAAUAGCUUGUAGUCUCAAAUGCAAAAAAAGUAUCUUAAAUUGUUUUAUAUGAGCAGUUCACCCAAAACUAUAGCAGUAAGCGUGCUUUUUAGUGCAUUUCUAGCUCCAGAACUUAUGGUUUGUAAGAAAAAGUUCUAAAAUUCAUUGAUAUUUUUGCGACUUAUUCUUGUUUUAAAUGUGUAUAUAUAUAUAUAUAUUUUGGCUAUUGAGCCAAACGUCAAACAAGGAGUUGUGUACAUAGCCUUUAAAUUUUUGCCGAUUUUUCUUGAACCCCCUGAAAAACGUACUUAUCAUUUAUACAUUCUUUCUUUCCUAAGCCUUUAGAAGAAAAUGCCAAAGUCUAAUGGUGACUUUUACCUUAAUCUAAGUAUAUUUCUGUCCUUCUCUAGAAGUUUAGUGUGUAAAGCCUUUUUGUUUCAUCUGAUCAAACAUCUUAUGAGAUGCUUUUUUUGUGUGCUGGUUUUUGUAUCUAAGGCGGGAAGUGGUCCUGAUGGUCACAGCGUUUGUGUCUCGUUGGUAUUUGGUGAGAUUUCCUCAGGAAAAACAGGAACCGUGAGUCUCCAGAAGAGUAUUUCCUUUACCACACUUCUCCCUUUUCUUCUGGAAUACUAAUAAUGAACUUGGAGAUCAGCUCUACGCUCUCAGCUGCUUCAUGGACCUAAAAUAAUCAAUAUCGAAAUGUUUUUCUUUUUUUUGAAUAUAAAUUUUGAUAUUAACACUGUGUUUUAUGGCUGACUAACGAUGAGGCUCAAACUUUAUCCAACCUAUAGGUUGCUGAGAUUCACCACCUUAGGUGGGUGCAGUGCUUGAUGGAGCAUGACAGCAGAGUGAGAUGAAUCCAGAGAAACGCAGCUGGAUGUAAAAGAGUAGACCAGCAACCUCCAGCUGCAGAACAUCUGCUCCUUUGACACAUCUGACGUCAUUUCUUCACAUUUUCAAUUAUACACGUGAAAGGCAUCUUGGAUUUUUGAGUUUUUUUCUUUUUUUUCUGUGGAUGCCAGAAUGUAAAAUAAAAUCUUGUGAAAAUAAAAAAGUAAUUUUUCAUUGA